AUGUACAUGUACUCAAAGGUAAGAUAUUUGUAAUUUUAUUUGUCAUUUGAUUUUCAAUGCAUGUUGAACAAUUUUUCAAUAUCUCCAAUAACCUUCUCCACUAUCUCUAAACAAACCGAGCUGCAUUUCCUUACUGUAGCUCAGUGAAAUUGCAUUUAACCUAAAUGAUUGCGUUUUAGAAUACUGUUAUAUAAUUGCAUUAUCAUUAUAUUACUUUAUUAUCAGCUGUAUGCAUUUGGCCAUGGUAUCCUAGCAGAACGUCUAUUGCUCACUGAACAUGGCAGAGAUUCAGAAGGCUACUACAGUAACCUGGCUAGUCUUGACCUUUAGAGUCCAGCUCUGUCCUCGGCUAUCUAUUUGCUCCUAUAAAUAAAGCAUUAGUUGAAUGUUGAGUUGUAUGGGACUAAUUGAGCAGGUGAAUAUUAAUUUGGCUAUCCUGUGAUGCCUUGUCCCAUGCCCUUUAAGGAGGCAGAGUUGUGCUGUAAUUGGUCUGAUUUUUAACCCAUGAUGUUCUGAGAGGUUAAGGGGUCACUGUUUCCAUCCCCAGGCACAUAUUACCUAAUAUGCUGGUGUAGCUGGUUUUGUGUGUGUGUGUGUGUGUGUGUAUGUGUAUUUACCUGUGUUUUUGUGGUGUGUGGGGGGUCUUGGGUACAUUGGUGCCCUGCUGCAGGAAGAGGUGUGUGUGUAUUGUGUGGCGAAGGUUAGUGGUUAAGUGCCUUGUUCGAGGGCACAACGCCCUGGGAUUUGAACCGGCAACCCUUCGGUUAAAGGCCAGCUUCUCUAACUUCAAGGCUACUGCUGCCCCCUAUUGAUGAUAAGGUAGAACAAUGAAAAACAUUGGUGUGUAUGGGUUCUGAUAUCCCAUUUCAUUGAACGAUAGAAUGAGAGUAAGGUAGGACAGAUGAUGACCUUACCGCUUGACUGGAGUGGACUUUGAUGACUAAGGGAUACCGCUUGUUCCCCCCAUUACAGAGACAUAAAGUGUCAGGAAGAGUAGAAAAUUAGAGUUCAUGUAUGAGAGAGGGGCAAGGGGGGUUAUGUGUGGGGUUAUCAAAUCGUAGCCCUCAAACACAGCAUGAAAUCUGUAAUGGGAAAAUCAACCCCCUGACUCUGGUGUAAUUGGAUUUUACAGGGACUCAUGCUAAAUCAGAGAGCUGUAGGUAGGUAGCACAAAGCUUGUUAAGGCUAGACAAGCCUCACCACAGGCUAGAUGGGCAGGGUGCACAGGACGUGUGGUGUGAUUGUGAAUAUAUGGGUGGGUGUUUGGUAGGGAGAAAAUGAACUGCUCAAAAUGGUUCAGUGUUUCCCAUAAAUUACCUUAAAAGUUACAGUAGUCUCUGGGAAUGUAAGCCUCUAUGUAACAUUGUUUGGAAAGAAUAUAACUUAAGUUGAUAUGGUGGGAGUCAAGUUAUCUCUUCUGUUUUAAUUUUCAGUAGUGGCUAAAAUGUAUGUUCUUUGUUUUGAAUGUCUCCUCUCUGUUUAAUCAGUGUGGCUGUAAUGCAAGAUGCCUAUGUUAAUGUUUACAGGAUGCUCAACUUUACAUUUUAAACAGUCAGAAUGAGAGGGCAAUGUUAUGCUUCCCACAAGCCUGUCACAACCCAACACAUUACUUAGUACUAAUCUACAAGAUAGGGAAGGUGGUCAUCAAUACUUCGUUUUUUCUUCAUCUUAAAUAAUCGUUCUGGAUAACAAUGUUAUUUAUGGUUAGUUAAAUCAUGUAUGAUCUGUUUGAAUGAAAAUGAGAACAAACUUGAUAUAUAUUGUUUAAAGAUGACAGGGAAAGCCAGCAUAGUACUGUAUGUCCCUCUUACUGCAGCACAGGCUGGUAUUGACAGCAGCUUUAAGAUGCACUGAGAGGACAAUAGUUUCAUCCCAACAGGCCCGUUACUGUAGCUUCACCUUGGUAUUUAUGAGUGGUUUGUAAUUAGUCAGAAAUGUAUCUGCCUAAUCAAAGAUCAGUAACACAAUACCUGCACUGUAAUUUUGUGUGAGGAGGAGGACGAGGAUGAGGAGGGGGGCUUGGAGCAGAUAGAGUUUCUGCAUCCUUGUGUUAUACACACACUGACGCACGCAAGCCUGCACACAUACACACACUGUAUGUGUCAGUGGACACUCAGGUGAAGCACUGAAUGAGACUUUCCUGCCUAGGCUUCAUGAAUGAUUAACUAUCUUAGAGCUUCCAGAGCCAACUAACUCAGUAUGGUCUCAGUAUGGACAGGACCGGAGUGACACUCCAGCAGGAAGUACUAGUCCACACUGAGACACUCCCCACGAACCGCUCCCCAGAACCUGGCCAGUUCUUUCAGAGAGCAUGUGAGUCAGAGGGACAGAGGAAAGCAGUGUGACAGUGAGGUGAUACGGUCAAAGGGACAUACCUGUGUCUGAGUCGCCAGAGGCUAAAAGUGGCUCUAGAAUGAGAGGACUGCUCGGUUGCUAGAACAGCCCCAGGACGAGAGUUCCCCUUUACUGUGAACUCGGGGACGAUAGUUGGAAGUUGUUUGAUCCAUUACAAGACCUAUUCAACCAUGACUCACAUGGCUUUGGAGAUGAGUGAGGUAAUUCUGCAGUGUGUGUUUUUUUGUGUGUCUGUGUGCUUCCCCUCUGUUUGAUAGAACGGCAUAUUGAUAAAGUCGCACAUGCAAAAAUGACUGUUCCCCAAUGUUAUUUUACUUUUUAAUUUUUUGUCAUUUAGCAGACCCUUUUAUCCAGAGCGACUUACAGGAGCAAUUAGGGUUAAGUGCCUUGCUCACCACUUAUGAAGACCACCAUCUAAAGCUUCAACCUUUGCCAGACUCUUUUAAAUAUCUAAUACAGUGGUAAAAUACAUACUGUAUACAGUAUUGUUUUCUACCACAUUAUAGUAUGCUGUAUUUGAUCUCUAUAAUUUAAGCUAUAUAAAGGGACCAUUGUAGGAUGAGAUACAGAACCGUGACGCUCAGGUUUCUCUGGACACCUGGAGCCCCCUAAACAUGUGUGUGUUGCCCUGGGUGAUGUGUGGUGUCAGUCUGUGGCCCAUGAGAAGUGCUCUCUUUCAGGAGCCUAAUGGCCACUUUGUGACAGAGUAACAGGAUCCUGUCCCAAAGUGGGGAGCCUGGGACAAUCCGCUUUAGCCUGCCAUUAAAUGUAGGUGUCUUGUUGUUCAUUUUCCACCUUUGCUUGUGUCAUUCCUCUCUAUCCACAUCUAUUUCUAUCCCCUUAACCCUUGUAAUUCAGCCCCUAUUUGUGCUCCCAGACACCUCUCUCUCUCUCUCCUAGUCUCUCUCUGAUAGGCUCUCUCUCUAUCUCUCUCUCUCUCUCUUCUCUCUCUAUCUCCUCUCUCUCUCUCUCUCUCUCUCCUCUCUCUCUCUCUCUCUCUCUCUCUCUCUCUCUCUCUCUCUCUCUCUCUCUCACACAUCCCUCUCCAUCCCUCUCUCUCCAAAUCCCUCUCUCUCUAUCUCCAUACCUCUCUCCACAUCCCUCAAACCGGACGCAGUUGCCAUCUUAAGUGGAGGUCCAAUUCACAAACGUUGCCCCCUCGUCCCUCGAUUUAGCUUGACGGAGCGAGUGAAGAACUUUGAUCACUUGUGGAGUUGAUAUGGAAUUCUGAAAUGUAUUGGAAUAAAUGACCAAACUAUAAAACUAGCUUGCCAGCUAUGGGUAGCUAACUACCUGACAGGAGUGCUAGCUAGCUACGUUAGCUUGCUAGGUACAUUAAUAGCUAUAGUUUUUUUCCCCACGAAGGACGUUGCCUCUCCAAACAUCACUCUCCCUCGCUUGGGCAAGGGAUGUUUAAGGUACACUCGGAUGUGACGAUAUAAAACGCCAUUCAAGGGCUGAGGGUUUAGGGCCGAAGGCUGUCUACUUUGAGUUUGGACUGCAGCCCUGGAGUUAUUUUCUUAUCUGCCGAGUGUUCUCCUCAGCUCAGAUUCCCCCUGAAUGGCUGUAGUCUCUGCCUUACGCUCUGAGGCGUACCACCGGCCUGCCCAUCCUAAUACCAACAGAGCACCAACACAUGGGCAGAGCGCCAGGGGCAGGCCUGGCAUGCAGCAAUACCACUCAGAGCAAUUGUCUCUGCUCAGUAUUUUAGGCCUGGAACAGGGUGGUCAGGUGUACUAGGGAAGUAGUGUGCAAACUUGAUAUCAAUUUGGAAAGAACCUUGGCAAUAUAGGAAAUAAUAAAUGUAAUGUGUAUAAUUUAAUGGUCCUUCUGUUGUCAACGCUUUAAGAGUGUGUCAAACACAAGUGUAAAGAGAAACUCUUUCUCACACAAGCAUGUAUGUGCGUACUCGCACACACAGAGAGAGAGAGAAUGGAAUGUCAAGACAUUUUCACUUUCAAUGUGGAUAAGAAGGCUCCAGUUCCCAAGUUUAUGGUAAGGAGGGGAGAAAGGGAGGUUCUGUAUUGUCAGAUUGAUUCUGACAUCUCAAAUGGGGAGCCUUCAAUGAUAUUGUUCACCUGUCUCAUUGGUUUAAUAUGAUGAUGGGCUGGGAGGAGAUCGGAGGGAGAGAUGGUGGAGGGGAGGAGAGUGCAAAAUAAAGAGUGGCUCAAAGGUGGGAGAAAUCAACCCCCCACCCCUUCCACAUCCCUAACCCAGUUACCCACCUUCCUUGAGGAUCAGAAUAACAAUUCGAUAGUAAUGAAAUCAGAAGACUAAAAAAGAUAUUCCAUUGUUUUCUUCCACAUGAUAACUAUAGGUGUCAUAGCUCAACAAGUCUGAGACCAUUACUUCUCCUUAUAGUCGGCUCAUUGUCAUAUUAAAUACUUGCUUUUGGGUUCACAGAUUAGACAAAUACACCCCCCCCCCCCCCCCACCACCACCCAACCCUCACCCACACCCCCUGUUGCGCUUUCUCUUGCUCUGUCGUUCCCCUCAGCAUUGCCCUCCUUGCAGUAAAUAGGCCAAAUCUCUUUUGUGUUUUGACUGCCGAGUGUGAAAUUGACUGUGACGUUGAAUGUUUUCUAAUGAAUAAUUACUAAAUAGACAUACUGGCUGAAUGUGUGGAAUGGAUUGUAGACUGCUCUUUAAAAAGGUUUCCGCCUUCUUAUUCACAUGACCAAAAAUGCUUUUCACAUGCAAGAUGGAUGGGAGGGGCAAUGUGUGAUAAUUGUAUACAAAUUAUGAUCUUUUAAUGGAUGUUUUCUCAACUUUACAGAAAAUUGAAAAAGCCUUUUCAGUGUUGCAAAGCUGGCAACCAUGUAAGAUGUGACGGGUUGCUGUGCCAGGCUAGGGAGAGGGUAGGAGAGUGGGGGUUGGAAGAGGACGUUUUUUAAUUUUUCUUAGAGUAGUGGAUUGAAGAUGUUUUUAGCACUCCUCUGCCCCCCUGUGUUCUCAGAAAUAUAUCCUGGAGGGCUAGAGUUUUAGGCAGCUUUAGCCUUCUAUGUCUUCUGGUAGCAUGGUGGGGGUCUGGGUGUGAGCCUUUGGACCAUGAGCUUUCAAAUCAUGCCCGUACAUUUACCACAAGGCUCCUAUAGUAAACUAUUCACUGUAGCUCAUUGUAGCUUAGAAGAUACACAUACAGCGCUGAGAGAGUACAUAUUUUUAUCACGUUAAGAACUCGUGCAUUUGUGUGUUCACCCACUAGGCACACACUGGUUGAAUCAACGUUGUUUCAGCGUCAUUUGUCAACCUAUUAUGACGUGGAAUCUACGUGGAAAAUACAUUUGAAUUUGAAAAAAGUAAUAAACCAGUACUGUUUUCAUCUAAUUCAAAUCAAGUCAAAUUUUAUUUGUCACAUGCGCCGAAUACAACAGGUGUAGACCUUACCGUGAAAUACUUACUUACAAGCCCUUAACCAACAAUGCAGUUUUAAGAAAAUAGAGUUAAGACAAUAUUUACUAAAUAAAAUAAAGUAAAAUAAAUAAAUAUUGAUUACACAAUAGAAUAACAAUAACGAGGCUAUAUACAGGGGGUACCGGUACCGAGUCAAUGUGCGGGGGUACAGGUUAGUCGAGGUAAUUUGUACAUGUAGGUAGGGGUAAAGUGACUAUGCAUAGAUAAUAAACAGCGAGUAGCAGCAGUGUAAAAACAAAAGGAGGGGGUCAAUGUAAAUAGUCUGGGUGGCUAUUUGAUUAAUUGUUCAGCAGUCUGACACCGCUUAGUAUAUAGGUCCUGGAUGGCAGGAAGCUUGGCCCCAGUGAUGUACUGGGCUGUACGCACUACCCUCUGUAGCGCCUUACGGUCAGAUGCCGAGCAGUUGCUAUACCAGGUGGUGAUGCAACCGUUCAGGAUGCUCUCGAUGGUGCAGCUGUAUAACUUUUUGAGGAUCUGGGGACACAUGCCAAAUCUUUUCAGUGUCCUGAGGGGGGAAAGUCAUUGUCGUGCCCUCUUCACGACUUUCUUGGUGUGUUUGGACCAUGAUAGUUUGUUGGUGAUGUGGACACCAAGGAACUUGAAACUCUCGACCCGCUCCCCUACAGCCCCGUCAAUGGGGGCGUGUUCGGCCCUCCUUUUCCUGAAGUCCACGAUCUUCUCCUUUGUCUUGCUCACGUUGAGGGAGAGGUUGUUGUCCUGGCACCACACUGCCAGGUCUCUGACCUCCUCCCUAUAGGCUGUCUCAUUGUUGUUGGUGAUCAGGCCUACCACCGUUGUGUCGUCAGCAAACUUAAUGAUGGAGUUGGAGUCGUGCUUGCCACGCAGUCGUUGGUGAACAGGGAGUACAGGAGGGGACUAAGAACGCACCCCUGAGGGGCCCCCGUGUUGAGGAUCAGCGUGGCAGAUGUGUUGUUGCCUACCCUUACCACCCGGGGGCGGCCCGUCAGGAAGUCCAGGAUCUAGUUGCAGAGGGAGCUGUUUAGUCCCAGGGUCCUUAGUGAUGAGCUUUGUGGGCACUAUGGUGUUGAACACUGAGCUGUGGUCAAUGAACAGCAUUCUCACAUAGGUGUUCCUUUUGUCCAGGUGGGAAAGGGCAGUGUGGAGUGCGAUUCAAAUUGCGUCAUCUGUGGAUCUGUUGGGGCGGUAUGCGAAUUGGAGUGGGUCUAGGGUUUCCGGGAUGAUGGUGUUGAUGUGAGCCAUGACCAGUCUUUCAAAGCACUUCAUGGCUAUCGACGUGAGUGCUACGGGGGGGUAGUCAUUUAGUCUGGUUACCCUCGCUUUCUUGGGCACAGGGACUAUGGUGGUCUGCUUGAAACAUGUAGGUAUUACAGACUCGGUCAGGGAGAGGUUGAAAAUGUCAGUGAAGACACUUGCCAGUUGGUCCGCGCAUGCUCUGAGUACACGUCCUGGUAAUCCGUCUGGCACCGCGGCCUUGUGAAUGUUGACCUGUUUAAAGGUCUUGCUCACAUCAGCUAUGGAGAGCGUGAUCACACAGUCGUCCAGAACAGCUGGUGCUCUCAUGCAUGCUUCAGUGUUGCUUGCCUCGAAGCGAGCAUAAAAGGCAUUUAGUCCGUCUGGUAGGCUUGCGUCACUGGGCAGCUCACGGCUGGGUUUCCCUUUGUAGUCUGUAACAGUUUGCAAGCCCUGCCACAUCCGACGAGCGUCAGAGCCGGUGUAGUAGGAUUCAAUCUUAGUCCUGUUUUGAUGCUUUGCCUGUUUGAUGGUUCGUCUGAGGGCAUAGCGGGAUUUCUUAUAAGUGUCCGGAUUAGUGUCCCGCUCCUUGAAAGGGGCAGCUCUAGCCUUUAGCUCAGUACGAUUGUUGCCUGUAAUCCAUGGCUUCUGGUUGGGAUAUGUACGUACGGUCACUCUGGGGACGACGUUGUCGAUGCACUUAUUGAUGAAGCCGGUGACUGAGGUGGUAUUCUCCUCAAUGCCAUUGGAUGAAUCCCGGAACACAUUCCAGUCUGUGCUAGCAAAACAGUCCUGUAGCAUAGCAUCUGCGUCAUCUGACCACUUCCAUAUUGAGCGAGUCACUGGUACUUCCUGCUUUAGUUUUUGCUUGUAAGCAGGAAUCAGGAGGAUAUAAUUAUGGUCAGAUUUUCCAAAUGGAGGACGAGGGAGAGCUUUGUAUGGAGUAAAGGUGGUCUAGAGUUUCUUUUCCUCUGGUUGCACAUGACAUGCUGGUAGAAAUGAGGUCAAACGGAUUUAAGGUUGCCUGCAUUAAAGUCCCCGGACACUAGGAGUGCCACUUCUGGGUGAGCAUUUUCUUAUGGCCUUAUACAGCUCGUUGAGUGCGGUCUUAGUGCCAGCGUCAGUUUGUGGUGGUAAAUAGACGGCUACGAAAAAUAUAGAUGAAAACUUUCUUGGUAGAUAGUGUGGUGUACAGCUUAUCAUGAGCUACUCUACCUCAGGCGAGCAAUACCUUGAGACUACCUUAAUAUUAGACAUUAGGGUAAAACUUAAACUUAAAUACAUGAACUUAACCUGACUAACUGGUUGUUACAUCAAUCUUAUUUUAACAUAAUCAUCAGAACUAUGUAUACAUUGAAAUUGCAUUGAAAAUUCCACAUACAGUAUAAAUGUAAAACAUAUUUUUCAUCCUAUGUUCAAUAUACAUUAUAUAUACAAAAGUAUGUGGACACCCCUUUAAAUUAGUGGAUUCGGCUAUUUCAGCCACACCCAUUGCUGACAGGUGUAUAACAUCGAGCACACAGCCAUGCAAUCUCCAUAGACAAACAUUGACAGUAGAAUGGCCUUACUGAAGAGCUCAGUGACUUUCAACGUGGCACCGUCAUAGGAUGCCACCUUUCCAACAAGUCAGUUCGUCAAAUUUCUGCCCUGCUAGAGCUGCCCCGGUCAACUGUAAGUGCUGUUAUUGUGAAGUGGAAACAUCUAGGAGAAACAGUGGUAGGCCACACAGGGACCGCCUAGUCCUGAAGUGCGUAGCGCGUAAAAAUUGUCUGUCCUCGGUUGCAACACUCACCACUGAGUUCCAAACUGCUUCUGGAAGCAAUGUCAGCACAAUAACUGUUUGUCAGGAGCUUCAUGAAAUGGGUUUUAAUGGCCGAGCAGCCACACACAAGCCUAAGAUCACCAUGCGCAAUGCCAAGCGUCUGCUGGAGUGGUGUAAAGCUCACCGCCAUUGGAUUCUGUGCUUCCAACUUUGUGGCAACAAUUUGGUGAAGGCCCUUUCCUGUUUUAGUAUAACAAUGCCCCCUUGCACAAAGCGAGGUCCAUACAGAAAUGGUUUGUUGAGAUCGGUGUGUAAGAACUUGACUGGCCUGCACAGAGCCCUGACCUCAACCCCAACGAACACCUUUGGGAUGAAUUGGAACGCCGACUGCGAGCCAGGCGUAAUCGGCCAACAUCAGUGCCCGACCUCACUAAUGCUCUUGUGGGUGAAUGGAAGCAAGUCCCCGCAGCAAUGUUCCAACAUCUAGUGGAAAGCCUUCCCAGAAGAGUGGAGGCAGUUAUAGCAGCAAAGGGGGAACCAACUCCAUAUUAAUGCCCAUGAUUUUGGAAUGAGAUGUUCGACGAGCAAGUGUCCACAUACUUUUGGUCAUGUAGUGUAUAUAUAUAUAUAUAUAUAUAUUAUCCAAGCAGAAGAUACAUCUCCUUCAAAUGUUGAUAUGUUUUUGCGUUCACAAUUCAAUAUCCAGUUUGUCUACAAAUUAAUGAUAGCAAAUGUAAUCUAGAAGUUAUUAAUAUGUUGGAUUCACAUCUCUAUCUCAACCAAAGAUCUAAGAAUACCACUAAAUCAAAUCAAACUUUAAAUGCACUUCAAAUAAAGUUUGAUUUGAUUUAGUCCUAUUCUUCAACUUUGAUUUUUGGUUGAGAUGGAGAUGUGAAUCCAACAUAUUAAUAACUUCUAGAUUACAUUUGCUAUCAACCAACCAUCCUUUAUAUAAAAUACAUGGAAGUGCAUUACCCAUCAUAUACCAGUAGGAGUCAUUGUUCAGGCAGGAAUCGUUGGACUGUGGCUUCACAUUUUAUUUCAAUAUACAGUACCUCUUUAUUUAGGUUGAUGGCAUAACGUUGAAACAAUGACAUUGAUUCAAACAUACAGUACCAUUUUACUAUCAACAUUGAAACAAGGUCAAAUAAAAUAUGUCUGAUAUACGACAUUUCAAUGUAUACAUAGUUCUGAUGAUUAUGUUGAAAUUAUAUUGAUAUAAGAAUCUGUUAGUCAGGUUAAGGCAUUGUAUUUAAGUUGAAGUUUUACCCUAAUUUCAAUGUUUACAACGCUGGUUGAAAUUAGAUGAAAACAGUACUGGUUGAUUACGUUUUUCAAAUCCAAAUGUGUUUCCGCGUAGACUCCACGUCACAAUAGGUUGACAAAUGACGUUGAAACAAUGUUGAUUCAACCAGUGUGUGCCCAGAGGGAAGCCUGUCCUUCAUUCUUUCCCUAAGGAAAUGGCAUCAUGAAGGCACAAUGAAAACAACAAAAGAAGUGAUGAAUUGCCUUGUGCGUUGGUGCCCUUGGGCCAUCUUCCACCCGGUAACUGGGACUGGUAGUGUUGCUUUCCUGUAAGAAGGGCUGAAAAUAGCCCUGUUUCCCCUAAAAAUAAGAAUCCAAAGGGGGAUUGCCAUACAGUGCUUUGCUGAGCAGGACAAGAAGGAGGUCAUUUGGUGUAUAGGCAUUUGGAGAGAGAGAGUAGCCAUCGAACUUUACUGUAAUGUUACAUGUAGCAGUUUUUCACCUUUAUGUCAUAAGUAAGCUGAUGUCAUAAGUAAGCUGAUGUCAUAAGACUUAGACAUUAAUAAAUACAUGACUCCACACACACACAUCAUUUCUGCUUCCUUUCUCGCUCACUUUUUGCAUUAUUGAUGGCUUCCUAUUGGUGGAAAUGGAGGGGGCAAUAUGUCAAUGUUUCCUUCCAUACGGUCCUUUCCCUUAAAUAAACCCAGAUGUUCAGUAUAAAAAGGGAUUGGAGCUCACAGCAGUCUGAGACUGAGGAUUUCCACUCAUGGUAGGGACUUUGAUAUGCAUUACUUUGAACAUCUUUGUAAAAAAAAGUAUAUUAUAUAUAUGUUAAGCUACAUUUUGUGUAUGGCAAUGUUUAAGCUGUACCUCAGGGGUCUCCAACCCUGUUCCUGAAGAGCUACCCUCCUGGAGGUUUUCGCUCCAACCCCAGUUUUAACUCACCCGAUUCAGCAUAUCAAUCAGCUAAUUAUUAGAAUCAGGUGUGCUAGAUUAGGGUUGGAGCGAAAACUUACAGGACAGUAGCUCUCCAGGAAGAGGGAUAUCAUGGGACCAGGUUAACUUGGCACUGUUGUGAGCCAAGCCGGUAGAGCAUUCAAAUAUUUUGGAUGGUACUUUCAUAGCACUGUAAUUAAGGACUGAUAAUGUUACCUGAUGCAUAUUGUGGUCCAAGAGCUCAUUUGUUUGGGAUACAAAACUUCAGCAACAAUUGGAUUUUCAUAACGGUAAACUGUGGCUUCUGUUCAGUAUAUAAAUUAUGGAAGCACAAUAGUAUUGUAAAUUACACAUUAUUAAUGCCGUCAUAGGGAUAGCAUUAUUAGCAUUUCUAAGAGUAGAUUUCAGUGCAACAGCUUUAGAGUUGGUCUGUGUUUUAACCCUGCUGUUGGGGGAAAUGACAGGGUGGAGUCUGCACUAUAUUUGUGUGGGGAGGGGGACGUGUGUAUCCUCUGUCAACAGUGACAAGAGACUGAUUGCUCCUUGAAGAACAUGGAAGCAGAUUAGAUAUGAAUGCCUGAACUGAACUCCUAUCGGUCAUGUGCUGGGGAUAUGGUCAAGGCCCCCACGUACGACAGAGAUGAGUAGCUUCGCAAAGCCGCCUGAUCCCGCAAGCUUACAUUAAACCCUGCGCGGAUAUCCAUGUAGUGUUUAAUGUAAGCUUGCGGGAUCAGACGUCUUUGCGAGGCAAAGAGAUGAGGACAAGUUGAGAGGAAAUUAAUUGGUUUAGGGCAAGAUUUCCUCUGUAUUUGUGUCUGUGAGCACUGCGUGGCACGGCGUCAGACCUGACAGAUGUAGAUAACUACAAGGAAAACAGAACACAGAGGGACAUGAGUCCUUAGGCAGUGAAAAGUUCCUUGAGUUAUUGCUGUAAAAACAUAGUGUAUUUUUUCUCUGAAAGAAAUACAGCAGAUAAAUGAUUUGUAAUCUGGUUGUCGUAAAUCAUUUACAGCUGUCAUGUCCGGAUGAGAUUUGUGACAGUGUUGUUGUGUUGUGCUUCGGGGGUAUUUGCAUUUAAGAUAUCAAUGUAACCAUCCUGGACCCUGUCUCUGAUUGGUCAGAGCCUGGAGGAGCGCUGUAACCGGAUCCUCCGGGACAUGGAGGGCUCCCUUACAGCCCGGGAUCGCGUGGGCAUCCAGGAUUUCGUUUUGCUGGACGCCUACACCAGUGAGAGUGCCUUCCUGGACAACUUGAGGAAACGCUUCCACGAGAACCUCAUUUACGUGAGUCCAUCCCCUACACACAGUCCAGAGAUAUCACAUUGCCUUCCUCUCAGCCAAAAAGCCACCCUAACUCAAGACCGCAAGGUGCCAGGGAAAACAGUGUUUGUCCCCUAAUUGAACUGGCACUUUGCUCUGCUGAAACAGCAGCUACUGUGCUGUACCUACAGCUACAGGGUGAGCUACUUUACUUUCUGAAAGGUCAUGUCUGAUCAUUACUCAUACAGAUAACAAGUACACUACAUUCUCGUUGCACCCAUGCAGAGGCAUCCAUCUCUCAUAAUGUUAAUUCUAAUACAUUUCCCACAGACCUACAUUGGUACGCUCCUAGUGUCAGUCAAUCCCUACAAAGAUCUGGGAAUCUACACCAAGAAGCAGAUGGACAUUUACAUGGGAGUGAACUUUUUUGAGCUUCCACCUCAUAUGUAAGUUGCAUUUGUGUGCAUGUACUGUAUAACGUGUGUUUGCUUGUAUGUGUGCGCAACAAGAUAUGCUAUACAGUCCUGCCUAUCUAUCUACAGGAUAUUCAUCAGCAGUGUUAUUGAACUUCUCCUUCAUUGCCCUUCCUUUCAGCUACGCCCUGGCAGACAAUGUCUACCGCACCAUGUUAACAGAGACCAACAACCACUUCAUCCUGAUCUCAGGGGAGAGUGGGGCUGGGAAGACGGAGGCCUCCAAGAAGAUCCUGCAGUUCUACGCUGUCAGCUGCCCCAGUACCAAACUGCUGGACAACGUCCGAGACCGACUGCUGCUCUCCAACCCUGUGCUUGAGGUGAGUACCAUAGUAAAGCAUACGUGAUGACAUGAGAAAUUAGCAUUAUGUUUGCACACUGCCAUGUACAAAUACAAUGACUGAUAAUACAGUCUGUACCUCUCUCAGGCUUUUGGAAAUGCCAAAACCCUGAAGAAUGACAACUCAAGCCGCUUUGGGAAGUACAUGGACAUUCAGUUUGAUCACGUGGUAAGUGCCAAGAGGUUGAGCACAGAAUUUCCAUCAAAAAUCAGCACAUCAAUGACUGUUAGAUCUUUAAUGGUCUGUACUCCCCCUAGGGGGGAGCUGUUGGUGGCCACAUCCUCAGUUAUCUACUGGAGAAGUCCCGGGUGGUGCAUCAGAACCAUGGAGAGAGAAACUUCCACAUCUUCUACCAGCUAGUGGAGGGAGGAGAGGAGGACAUGCUACACUGGCUGGGUCUGGAGAGGAACUGUCAACACUACAGCUACCUGGUAAAGGUGGGAGAGGUAACCUAUCAACACUACAGCUACCUGGUACAGGUGGAGGAGGUAACCUAUCAACACUACAGUUACCUGGUAAAGGUGGGAGAGGUAACCCAUCAACACUAUAGCUACCUGGUAAAGGUGGGAGAGGUAACCUAUCAACACUACAGCUACCUGGUACAGGUGAGAGAGGUAACCUAUCAACACUACAGUUACCUGGUACAGGUGAGAGAGGUAACCUAUCAACACUACAGUUACCUGGUAAAGGUGGGAGAGGUAACCCAUCAACACUACAGCUACCUGGUAAAGGUGAGAGAGGUAACCCAUCAACACUACAGCUACCUGGUAAAGGUGAGAGAGGUAACCUAUCAACACUACAGCUACUUGGUAAAGGUGGGAGAGGUAACCUAUCAACACUACAGCUACCUGGUAAAGGUGAGAGAGGUAACCUAUCAACACUACAGCUACUUGGUAAAGGUGGGAGAGGUAACCUAUCAACACUACAGCUACCUGGUAAAGGUGGGAGAGGUAACCUAUCAACACUACAGCUACCUGGUACAGGUGGGAGAGGUAACCUAUCAACACUACAGCUACCUGGUACAGGUGGGAGAGGUAACCUAUCAACACUAUAGCUACCUGGUACAGGUGAGAGAGGUAACCUAUCAACACUACAGCUACCUGGUAAAGGUGAGAGAGGUAACCUAUCAACACUACAGCUACCUGGUAAGGUGGGAGAGGUAACCUAUCAACACUAUAGCUACCUGGUACAGGUGGGAGAGGUAACCUAUCAACACUACAGCUACCUGGUAAAGGUGGGAGAGGUAACCUAUCAACACUACAGCUACCUGGUAAAGGUGGGAGAGGUAACCUAUCAACACUACAGCUACCUGGUAAAGGUGAGAGAGGUAACCUAUCAACACUACAGCUACUUGGUAAAGGUGGGAGAGGUAACCUAUCAACACUACAGCUACCUGGUAAAGGUGAGAGAGGUAACCUAUCAACACUACAGCUACCUGGUAAAGGUGAGAGAGGUAACCUAUCAACACUACAGCUACCUGGUACAGGUGAGAGAGGUAACCUAUCAACACUACAGCUACCUGGUACCGGUGGGAGAGGUAACCUAUCAACACUACAGCUACCUGGUACAGGUGGGAGAGGUAACCUAUCAACACUACAGCUACCUGGUAAAGGUGGGAGAGGUAACCUAUCAACACUACAGCUACCUGGUAAAGGUGGGAGAGGUAACCUAUCAACACUACAGCUACCUGGUAAAGGUGGGAGAGGUAACCUAUCAACACUACAGCUACCUGGUAAAGGUGGGAGAGGUAACCUAUCAACACUACAGCUACCUGGUAAAGGUGGGAGAGGUAACCCAUCAACACUACAGCUACCUGGUAAAGGUGGGAGAGGUAACCUAUCAACACUACAGCUACCUGGUAAAGGUGGGAGAGGUAACCUAUCAACACUACAGCUACCUGGUAAAGGUGGGAGAGGUAACCCAUCAACACUACAGCUACCUGGUAAGGUGGGAGAGGUAACCUAUCAACACUACAGCUACCUGGUAAAGGUGGGAGAGGUAACCUAUCAACACUACAGCUACCUGGUACAGGUGGGAGAGGUAACCCAUCAACACUACAGCUACCUGGUACAGGUGGGAGAGGUAACCUAUCAACACUACAGCUACCUGGUACAGGUGGGAGAGGUAACCUAUCAACACUACAGCUACCUGGUACAGGUGGGAGAGGUAACCUAUCAACACUACAGCUACCUGGUAAAGGUGGGAGAGGUAACCUAUCAACACUACAGCUACCUGGUACAGGUGGGAGAGGUAACCUAUCAACACUACAGCUACCUGGUACAGGUGGGAGAGGUAACCUAUCAACACUACAGCUACCUGGUACAGGUGGGAGAGGUAACCUAUCAACACUACAGCUACCUGGUACAGGUGGGAGAGGUAACCCAUCAACACUACAGCUACCUGGUACAGGUGGGAGAGGUAACCUAUCAACACUACAGCUACCUGGUAAAGGUGGGAGAGGUAACCUAUCAACACUACAGCUACCUGGUACAGGUGGUAGAGGUAACCUAUCAACACUACAGCUACCUGGUACAGGUGGUAGAGGUAACCUAUCAACACUACAGCUACCUGGUAAAGGUGGGAGAGGUAACCUAUCAACACUACAGCUACCUGGUAAAGGUGGGAGAGGUAACCUAUCAACACUACAGUUACCUGGUACAGGUGGUAGAGGUAACCUAACAACGCUACAGUUACCUGGUACAGAUGAGGACCUUUACAAUUGAACAGUAUGAGUAUGUAUUAAAGAGGCAAAUAAUCAACGUUUCCAUGGAGUGGGCCAUCAUCAUCCAGAUACAGUACUAUCUCCUGUCUCAUCCAGGGGGAAUCUGCCAAAGUCCGCUCAAUCAACGACAAGAGUGACUGGAAGACGGUACGGAAAGCCCUCAGUGUCAUAGAGUUCAGUGAGAGCAAUAUAGAGGUGAGUCCUAAUUUCUCUACUAUCAAACACAACAUGUAAUCAAAGACUGAAAAGAGAACAGAUCAUAUCACUUAUCAUUAAUUAUCACUGACCGGUGUCUUCUCUGGCCCAUGAUGUAGAGCCUGUUUGCAAUCAUUGCUAGCGUACUUCACCUGGGAAAUGUUAAGUUUGUGGCUGACUUGCUGGGAUACGCCACUCUCAACAACAGUCCAGAGAUACAUUGGCUGUCCAAGGUGAGACAUAUUCUGACAGCAAACUACACAUUAAUGGACAGUCACUCAAUUUAGCAGUACUCAUACCACAGAAAACUACCAGAGUACUCUCAGUUUUCAGACAUUAUGGCAACUUUUCAGAUGAAGUGAUCCCCCUAUUUAGUGUUGUGUUAUUGGUUGUUUCUCUGUUGUGUAGUUGCUAGGCAUUCCUGCACAGGUGAUACUGGUUGGAUUGACCCACAGGAAGAUUGAGGCAAGGUUGGAGGAGGUGAGGAAGAUGCUACUGUUUUGCUGGGUUAUUCAUAAAACUUUACCACCACAGUAAAACCAAUGCUGACAAUCAAUCUCUGUGGUUUGUCUGCUGUUCUGGUCAGGUGCUCAGUCCCUUCACCAUUGACCAUGCAGUAUAUGCCAGGGACGCUCUAGCCAAAGCCAUCUAUGGCCGCACAUUCACCUGGCUGGUCAACAAGCUCAAUGAGUCUUUAGCAAACAAGGUGAUUGUCCCUCUUCAGUGCUCCACCAAUAAGAGUGAUAAUGUCCCUAAUACUAAAUCUAACCAAUUUAGACACUGUUAACAGGUAUAGGAUAUACAGUAAGUAGACAUAUAGGAGGCUGACUGGUAUUGUGCAUCCAUGUAGGAUUCCUCCAGGAAGACAGUGAUUGGUCUGCUGGACAUCUAUGGGUUUGAGGUGUUCAAUGUGAACAGGUGAGGGGAGACACAAUGGGUCAGUUUUGGACAGUGAAUUUUAGAGUGUCAGAGAUGAUGAGCCUGAGGACUUGACUCUGUUUCAGCUUUGAGCAGUUCUGCAUCAACUACUGUAACGAGAAACUGCAGCAGCUCUUCAUCCAGCUGACCCUGAAGUCAGAGCAGGAGGAGUACGAGAUGGAGGGGAUUGAAGUAAAUACUCCUCUUUUACUAAAAUCUCAGAUUGGCCUGGACUACACAGCUUCAGAUAUAAAGCGUGUUUUGUAUUGUUGUUUUUCAGUGGGAGCCAGUGCCAUACUUCAACAACAAGAUCAUCUGUGACCUGGUGGAGGAGAAAUUUAAAGGCAUCAUUUCAGUGCUAGUGAGUAGAUAGACCGACUGACGGUCAGACAGAAAUGUAGUCAGGCAGACAAUCGAUUUGGAUUGGUUGAGCUCUACACAUGUUCAGUCUCCUCUCUACUAGGAUGAAGAGUGUCUACGUCCUGGGGAGGCCACAGACAUGACCUUCCUGGAGAAACUGGAGGAGAAGAUGGGCGGUCACCCCCAUUUUGUUACGUGAGCCAUCCACCCAUCUCACAGAGAGCAUUGUAACACAUUCCUAACAAGACCCAUUUUGCAAUGCUGAGCUCAUCAACUGACAGCGGAGGAUGGAGGAGUCACGGUCUGCCUCUGUAACACCUGACUAGAACAUCCUCUUCUCUCUCUGUCCACAUCCUGCAGACACAAGCUGGCUGACCAGAAGACCCGGAAGACUCUGGAACGAGGAGACUUCCGCCUCUUACACUACGCGGGGGAAGUCACAUACUGUGUGGUCGGUGAGAGAUGAGUUCCCCAACAUCAUAGCCCAUCCUCUCACUCUCACAGCACACUUCAUGCUCUAUACACUCCAGUUACAUUUAUGAACCCAGUUUCCUGUCUCUCUGAUGUGUCUCUUUGAUAUAAUUUCAGUAAGCCUCCCAGGAGUCUCCACUACUUCUCAUCACUUUUUGUCUCACUGUUAACAACCUUUAUCUGUUCUUUUCUCUCUACUAUACCUCUGUUUUUCCAGGAUUCCUGGACAAAAAUAAUGAUCUCCUGUACAGGAACAUUAAAGAGGUAAGUGUGUCCAGGGCUCUCACUGGCACUGCUGCGCUCAGGAAUCUGCUUCCUGCUGACUGCUGUAUUAUUCAUUGUUAAGCACACCUGUGAAUUAUAGAGGAGCUGAUUGUUAAGCAUUGCUUUGGGAUAGACUGACAGUACUGUUAAGGGGGAGGACUAUGGGAGUGUUUGCUCUACUGCCUCUCGGUUUUGAUAAGACCGUUCUUAAUCGUUCAUCCUGCAUAUUUUACACUGCCUAAGUGUGCCAGAGUCUUAGCUGACCUUAAUUGUUGUUGUUAAAAUGUUGUAGUGUUGAACGAUGGAUUGAUGUUUAUCCAUUUGUUAACUGGGGGAUGUUUCCACCUUUUCACUAGGUAAUGCGUCAGUCUAAGAAUGCCAUCAUCAAACACUGCUUUCCCACCACUGAGCCAGACAGCAAGAAGAGACCUGAAACAGUAAAGAGACUUUCUGAUGACACGAGCCGCCAAAGUGAUACGGUCUUGCCAUGAGUUUCUAUAUUUAUCAUCAUUGUCUGUCUCCUCAGGUGGCCACUCAGUUUAAGAACAGCCUGGUCGGGCUGACGGAGAUGCUUAUGUCUAAGGAGCCCUGGUACGUCCGCUGUAUGAAGCCCAACGAAGGCAAGGAGCCAGGUGAGGUCUUAUCUAUAAACCUUAACUACCAACCACACAGUCUACUGGCCUAAACCCAACACACCUACAUACUCAGUAGAGGCCAUUACACCAAACAGAACCAUCCCUAAUGGACUUGACCCAUGCAUGCCCUACAAAGUGUUACUUGGUACAUUCAUUCAUAGUGCAUGACCUGAUGCCUGUUGUGACCUCUCUCGCCUUCUGCAGGGCGCUUUGACGACGUGUUGGUGAGACACCAGGUGAAGUACCUGGGGCUGAUGGAGCACCUGAGGGUCAGACGGGCCGGCUUCGCUUACCGCCGGAGAUAUGAGAUCUUCCUGCAGAGGUCAACACAACCUGCACUUCACAGUUCUGUAGAUAGUGUGCAGUUGCUCUCUGUCCAGUACGAACUGUGCUGAUACAUGGCUGCAUGACAGUUUGUUGAUCUGAUGCUGACUAAACUAAAUGUUGAACACUCUGGUGUUUCCUGUUGUCUCUGUCAGGUACAAGCCCCUGUGUCCAGACACCUGGCCUAGCUGGAAAGGUACAGCCGCAGAGGGGGUGGAGUGCCUGAUCAAGCACCUGGGCUACAAGCCUGAUGAGUACAAGAUGGGCAGGUGAGGUGGUCUCCAGGAUUAUGGGUUUGGGUUCACCUGGUAACACAGUCUGGCUGUUUCUCACUGGCUAGUCUUUCAUUUAUACAAAAGGACCAAGAUCUUCAUCCGUCACCCCAGAACUCUGUUCGCCACCGAAGAUGCCUUUGAGGUCUGCAAGCAUGAGCUGGGUGGGUACUGGCUCUAGCUUUUCAAACAACAGAUCACAGACCACUAAAUUCUGGAAUUCUGGAUUGUUAAAUGGCGUUGGAUUGGAAAGAAGUCAGGUUUGACAUAUGUCACUUCAUGUUACAGCUACAAGGAUCCAGGCAAAGUACAAAGGCUACAGAGUGAAGGGAGACUACAUGAGACAGAGAGAAGCAGGUCUCUACUUUGACUUUCUUGGAACUAGUAUAAUAAGAUAUACAAGACUAUGAUAACUUAAUCAGCUUGUGUUGUCUUAUUAGCUACUAAGAUUGAGACAUGCUGGAGAGGCAUGAAGGCCAGGAGAGAGAGGGAGAAGAGAGCCUGGGCUGUCAAGGUCAUUAAGAAGUAAGAGAGACAAAGAUCAGAAGAUAUCUCCAAAGACAAAUGGUCAACAUCUACCACAAAUACUCAUCAAAUCAGUUGUACUUUGUGAUCAUAUUUUGUAGGUUCAUCAAGGGCUUCAUGACCAGAAAUCAGCCAGCCUGUGUUGACAACACAGAGUACUUGGCGUUUGUCAGGCAAAACUACCUCACACGGCUCAAGGAAAAUCUACCCAAAACAGUUCUGGACAAGAACACCUGGCUAACCCCUCCUCCCAUUAUGCAGGAGGUGAGUCUCAAUAGGGAAUUGGCUGUACUUGAAUACUUUCUCUUAACUUAUUUUACAUGCCUGUGUGUCAUGGUACGAGUCAGAGGAGGAUGGUGGGAGGAUCUAUAGGAGGACGGGCUCAUCGGAAUAAAUGGAACGGUAUCAAACAUAUGGAAAACACCUCCAUUUUUUCAUUCCAGCCAUUACAAUGAGCCCAUCCUCCAAUAGUUCCUCCCACCAGCCUCCUCUGUAAUGGGUAUACUGUACACCCAUUACAUACAUUUGUACUUGUAGGCAUCACAGAUGUUGAGGAAACUCUACACCCGGCACAUGGUACGGAAGUACGUACAAGGAAUCACAACAGAGCGGAAAGCACAGGUAGGCCUACCUUACAAGCCAGGGUGAUUUAAUGCAUAUUUGUACCCUAUUUGACUAUAGGGCUCACCUCAAUGAUCACACUAUAUAUCUCAGUUGUGUUUGCUUACCCCAUUUCCAGUUGCAAAUCAAAGGAUUGACCAGUUCCUUAUUCAAAGGAAGAAAAGAGAACUACCCUCACAGUGUGGGCAGACCAUUUGUAGACACCAGGAUAAGUAAGGCAUAGACCUUGUGCUAAUGAAUUUUGCGCCUCUUACAAAGCAACAGUGAUAAUGACCAGCAUUUAUGUCAUUUGACCAGUUGCAUUGUUAUCUGGUCAGGUGAGGAAGACAUCCACAUAAAAGCCUAUCAGAUGAUUCAGCAAGAACGCAUCAAGGUAAACAACAAAUGGAGUUAAGUAAGCCAUGUUAAAGUAAAGAAAUGUACCUUAAAAAGGUCAAAUGAAAGGAAGCUCCAUACCUUCCCACAGUACAGUGUUCCCGUGGUGAAGUACGACAGGAAUGGCUUCAGGGCUCGCUUCAGACAGCUGAUCUACACUGGAACUGCAGCCUACCUGGUGGAGGAGGCCAAGAUCAAACAGCGGGUGGUGUUCAACAAUCUCAAAGGUAAGCACCACUGAGAGAGGAAUAAAGCGGACUUGACGUGUGUGCAUGUAUCAAGUUUUGUACUCUCAAUGGCAGUAGUGUCUGUCUGUGUGUGCAGUGCACUGUGUUCAUUCAACCACUGUUCUAAGUAUCUGGGCGGUGUGUUCUUCCAGGUGUGUCAGUCAGCAACCUGAGUGACAACUUCCUGAUCCUCCAUGUCCAAUGUGAGGAUAUCAAGCAAAAGGUUGGCUGCGCAAAACGCUUAUCAUUGAUGUGCACAAUUUUUUAUUUAUUUUUUACUAAGCUUUUGCACCUGUUAUUUUCAGAAUGGAAUAUAAUUAGAAUAGUAGAACAUUUGCAUUUCUAUUGUUGCAUUGUCUAUUUGCUCAGGGGGACCUGGUGCUGCAGUGUGACUACCUGUUUGAGGCCUUGACCAAGUUGUGUUUGGUGGCCAACAAGCAGCACUGUAUCAAUGUAGUUCAGGGCAGGUAAGACCUGUGUUCCAACUCGUUACUACUGUAGUCUAAAGAAAAUGCAAAUUGUUGCCAAAAACGUACGUAACGUUAUUUAAUGUUGUGGUCGUUUGCAGUGUAAAGUUUGACAUCCAGCCUGGCAGAGAGGGGUUUGUUGACUUCGAGAGUGGCCAGGAGACCAUGAUUUACAGAGCAAAGAAUGGCCAUCUGAUGGUGGUGAGUAUGAAACUGAAGACUGUGGCCAUUCAGUUCUCAAAUGAGCAAAUACGUUUUUUAAACUAUUGAUAAACAGUAGGCUACAACAUGAACACUUAUCUUAUAUUUACUCAGGAAUCAACUGAAACAAAGUCCCGUCCAAUGAUAAAAAAUUGAACUGGAUCCCCUUGCACUUAUCAAAGUAAUGGACUGAGCCAAUAAUCAGAUUCUACAAGGUUCGAGGCAUCUUGGGACUUAUAUCAUGAAUGAGAACCUGCAUCCUCUCUAGAAGGGUUGGACAUAUGACCGAACCUCAAGGGCAUUUCACAAUCCCUUCAUAUUAACUGAAAUCUCAACAAAUGGUUCAUACUGUGGAGAAAAUCCCAAAGGAACUACGGAUGUUCUACUCUGACGAAAACUUCACCUGUUAUUAAGCUACACAUCACAUGCAUGGGCUGUUGUGACUUAUCAAGCAGUUAUUAUAUUCGGGCCCAUUUGUAAAAUAUGGUUAGUUUUUGGGAUAUUUUCAGUAGAUUUGAUCAAUAUUAGCAAUAUGGUUAAACCAGUCAAUCAUUGAUUUUGAAGGCAUAGGCUAUAUGUGUCCUCAUUUUUAUACUUUCUCACAAAGAUGCUGUACCAUAUUUACAUUAAAACCAACUAUAAUGUAUUAUUAAAAAUCUUUAUUGUAAGAAAGAUGUGUUAAAUACAGUGCAAAAUACACUUUUACAUGUGAAAUUGUGUAAAAUAGUGGACAUUCUUUGAGAUGUCUGGAAGUGCUUGGUUUCCAAACAAGUUGUCUUGUAACAUCGCCCUCAAAUAAUUAUUUUAAGAGGAAGCAAUGACAUCCAUUUGAUUACACAUCCGGCAUCUCAAAGGUUCUUUAGGAUGCCAAAAUAUCAUUCAUCCAUGACUACAGUAUAAAAGGUGGCUGUAUUCACACCACUUACAAUUCAGGGGUGGGUUGUAAUGUAUUGCUCCGGGGUAAAGUUCCCCUAGGCAAAUAUCUAGGAUCAGCUUCCCAACCCUUAACCAUUCGUGGGGGAAAUACAAAACUGACCCAAGAUCAGUGUCUAGGGGUAACUUCAACAACUUAGCAUUCUUUCAGUGUCUUUGUACACAACACCCUCUGCUGGAUGAAAUGAGUACAUACAGAAAAUAGAAGCACCCAAUUUCUAAAACAUAUGAUAAAAUGCUGUUAUACAGUUUGCAUACAUCACCAAUUCAAACUAAUGAAUAUAUAUUUUUCCUUGACUCCAACCCCAUUCGAUGCAUUGAGCGGAUGUGGGUGGAGCAAUGUCUACACAAGUGUGCAAAUUAAAAACACUCACAAAAGCUCUGACAAAGGGCAUUGAGGCCGAUACGUAAAGCUUAAUAAAGAACAGUGAUACUAGCAAGAGCAGUGUGCAGGUUUCUUUUUUCUCUCAUAAAACAUUUCUCUAAAACUGCGGUGGUAGUUAAAGGUAUUGUUACAGUGUAUUAGUAUAAUCACUGAAAUACAAUUGACCUGAACUUGCUACCCUGUGACAAUACAUGAACUUCCAAGCAAUGUUGUAGUGACACAAUAAAGUAAAUCAGAUUGUAAGCUGCACUUAAACCCACAGACUUAAGGCACAAGAUCUUCUACUGGACACGUAACGUCUACAUUCAUACAAAGACGAGACAUACAAAACAUAUGGAAAUACAGGGGGUCAAAUAAGUCUUCUUUGACCACUGAUAAAAAGAACAGCUCUUAUGGAGGGUUUAGAAAACACUGAUACGACCAUUUGGGACAGCAGCACAAACUGUAACACCCAAAUAAUGCUCUACUCAUGAGUGGAGUUCACAAGUGUCUGUGGUGCAGAAGCACAGAGGUCACUUGUUGUCAAUGUCAAGGAUGUGAGAUUACCUGUGGGUAUAGUGUGAUCGCACAUGUUCUGUCAGUGAUGGGUAAUAGUCACUGCGGAUACUGAUAAUGUUGGUUGGCUCUUAUAGUUACUGGUGGUGGUGGGUGCGGUCAUCAGGGCGUUUGAUGUGAAUGCGGCGCACCCUCUCGAUGAGUUCCCGUUCCUCGUCCUCGUCCAGGUGGUGGGAUCGGCCUGCAGCGCCCCCUGUAGCCUCCAGUAG